AUGGCGUCGCAUUUGAGCCAUGAUGAGUUCUUCUCAUCUCUCACCGAUCUGCUGUCCAAAACUUCCCAGAAAACUCGCGGGUCUGUCUUCUUGACCCAAAAGCCUCUCCUUGACUCCAAAUCCACAGCUUCAUUGACUGCUGGCUCCUCCAACCUUCAACCGUCUAUCCUUAUCCGCGCCACCGAUGGCAACACCAAUGCACCCAACCCGAAAAGCAAGGACGGGAAGAUCACCAAAAUCACCUCAUCCAAAGUGAAAAUCUCAACCGUGGCCAGCCCGGAUGAACUCGAGGCUUUCUACGCUCGAUAUGCGGAGGUGUGCAAGGCAGGCAUGUCGGGAUUGAAGAAGCGAGAUCGCAAGCGCAAGGCCAAGGCGAAGGGUGGAGCGGCGAAGGGCCAAAAAGCAUAG